AUGCGACACGGCUUUUACCACCACGUUCAGGAUCGGUCGUGGCUCGCCUCCGCCGUCGAGGCCUGGGAAUCGCACGGCCACGUCAUCGCCAGGCCGAGCGCUGAUUGUGAUAUGCCGCCUGCUCCCGCUCUCGACCCCGCCGCUUUGGACCCGGACGCCGAGAAGCAGAGAAUGCCGAUGGACUUGAGCGCUCCGCUCCCGCAGCAGUGCUUCAAGAGGCACGCGCCUGCCGACCCCGUGCACGGAGAGGGCAAGCGCCCGAGGCCACUUCUCCCAAUCCAGCAGCAGCACAUGCGGCAUUAG